AUGGUGUCUUUCCUACCUCCUAUUCAGGUAAAAACCACACUGGCGUGCCUAGCAUGGUAUUUAGUGUCGUCGAUAACAUCGCAAUUAACCAAAGUAAUCCUUGUUCGAUUUAACUAUCCGCUAUUUUUAAGCCAGGCUCAAUUCUUAUUCGGAGCACUUCUUUCUGCAGCAUUUAUAUACUUUUCAAAGUCAUUUCCCGAUACCACCAGUCAUUUCCCACUGGGAAGCGUGCCCACAGAUCCCGCAAAACCACUUUUUCAUAAACUUUCAUUUCUCAAAGUCAGUCCUUUGGGACUUUUUCAGUUCAGUGGAAAGUAUGCUUCGCUCAAAGCGACGUCUAUGAUACCCCUUUCUACCGUAUCGAGCCUCAAGGCGCUCUCGCCACUCCUAAUUGUGGCUGGAUACCGCAUAGUGUACAAUGUUCAUGUACCAGUAUCAACCGUCUUGUCAUUAACACCUUUGGUUUUUGGGGUUGUUCUCAUGAUUAUAUCCGAGUCUGGCACUCAAUUCUUUCAUGGUGGCUUCACCUCCACCCAGAUUACGGGUGUCACUUUCUGCUUGCUCAGCAUGUUCAUUUUUGCAGCGCAAAAUAUAUAUGGAAAAGAGUUGAUAACUUGGGACACACCCAGCCAACCGGCUUCAAUGAUGCUCAAUACCGAGCCCAGCCGACCAACGACACCUCUACCAGAAUACCAAGUCCCAGAGUUGAGCUCUUCGUAUGGAGAACAUAAACCCAAUGGUUUCAGACAGAGGACAAACUCUAUUCGAUUACCAUUUUCAACUUCUGAUCUCAGAGUCAACGAAAAACAGGCAGAAUCGGACCACCAGCUGCUCCCAUACAUCCAGGUGACCCAGGAUAACAAUAUGUUUGUUUCUACAUCGCAGGCAUCCAAACCUGACCGCAUGACUACAAUCUUCUACUGCUCAAGCAUUGGCUUUGUUUGUCUGUCUGUGGUGUUCCUAUUCAAGGAAUCUGGCCUGUUGAUGCUGCGGAUUACGGCGACAAACACCGAUAUCGAUGCCUCUUCAGAAUUUUUGUUUGUGGUGGUUCUAAUCAUUCUCGACUCGUUGUCACAUUUCAUCCAGACGCUUUUGGCAUUCCAUCUUUUGGGUCUGAUUCCAGCUCUUUCGUACUCCAUUGCCUCGAUGAUGAAGCGAAUAGUUCUCAUUACCGUGAGCCUAGUAUUGGCCAUUGGAAAACCCGAAAUUCAAGAUAACAGCGACAAGUGGUUCGGAGCAAUUUCUACACUACAACUCUGCGGUCUUGCCAUGAUCUCCCUUGGAAUGUACAGCUAUGACCGGUGGGGAUCGCGAGCAAUGAAAAAGAGACGGUAA